UCAUUUAUGGUGAUUCACUUGAUUACUACUUUAUGUCUAAACGAGUUCAAAUAUGUUUCAUUGCGUUUGUGGUAUUAAAGGUUAUGUACGAAUAUUCGACGAUAAGAAUAAUAAGAUAUAAUCUUCAUCUGUAAAGGAGAAAAGAGAAUACAGAAUGACCGAUGUUGCAAGACGAUUUAAGUUUGCGUUCCUUUAAAAAAUAGGCGCGAUAAAGAGCAUGAACAGGUGCGCAGAUGCAACACGUACGGAACAGGUGACACGACCAAUGUGUCUCGUGACUCAACACCUCGGAUUCUUACGGUUUCGACAAGCUGCGAUUGUUAGCUGAUAAGGAUUGUGCACGUACAAGGUUUAAUCUCAAUGGAAUCGAAACGAUAACAGACCGCUUAACGACAAUAGUCAUUUCAUCAAGGCCCACCACGUACUCGACGAUUCCAUUGUAAGUCAAUGUUUGAUUCAACUUCUCAAUUUCGAUGCGAACGUUUACCGAUUCUGUGAUUCAACCUGGACACACGUUACAGCAAAACGAUGUACAACGAUCGACCAGAGUUCAAUCGACGCUCUUAAUUAAUUACCUCGUCCAAUAUUAUCGCUCGUCGUUGGCAAUACGUACCUAACCUCUACAAAUUUGACGUGUACGUGUGUGUUAUCACAAUAUAGUGGAAAUGUUUUUAUUCUUUGUAGAAAGAUCUUUGUUACUUUUAAAGUAAAAUUGUAGAGGAAAAAAGAAAAGGAAAAUAAUACGGAUGACUUUUCUCGCUUUAAAAGAAGAAUGUUAAGUCACAUCUGGUGAACUACAUCUGGGGUCAAGUGUUUUAUAAGUCCGAUGAAGGAUGGCAUUUCCUCCACUAGUUAGUUCCACACCUCCUCCUUUGGAUAGUUUUGGAGACUCCGAGGAAGACGAGUUCGGGGAUUUUACAACUGGGGGUAUAGAUGGAUUGUCAGCGUCGUCAGAUUCACCACAGAAGCUUGCAACACCAGUUCAAACACCGUCAACGUCGCAGAACACUUCACCUAAAGUAAACGGUAUUUCAGAGACACCUGACAAUUCUGAAACAAAUGUUGCUCAAAGGCCAGUUGCAGAAGACCUUUUAAUACUUGAAAAAAUCAAUGAUGAUGUGAAUAAUAUUAAACUCAAGACGGAAGUGGAGACGUUGGAUGAAAUUAUAGGGAACGACGCCAGCAGAGACUUGGGAAACAUAAACAAUAAUAAUAAGGAAAUCACUGUAGGUAAAGAAGUUUCUAACGGCGUUAAUUUAAUCAAUGAAGGCAAUAGCUUUGAAGGAGAAGAGUGGGGAGCUUCGCUGAAUCGUUUGGAAGACAUAGAGCCAUUAAGUUUAGAUUUAGGUGAUCUGAUCGCUGCUCCUGACACAACACAGUCAAUAGACGAUGAUUUUUACGAUUACGAACAGUUCGAGGAUUCACAGAAUUGGGUCUCCCACAACAAUAUAUCCACAGAGAUUUCAAAAGCAGAUUAUUUCAAAGUUCAAGAUUCUGGGCUCACAUCGGAUGACACAAACAAGGAUUUAAACACUGAGAACGAAAAGGAAGGAUCGACUCUGGACUUGGAAAAUAUUAUUGUAAAGCCAAAAUUAGAGGAUAAGUGUGUAGAAAAUCUAGAUGAAUCUAGCAAAAAAGAUAUCUUUUCAAACGAAGUUGACGAUUUAGUGUUUGCAAGUGUUGAAAAUCAAGUAUUUUGUAAUUCUAUUGAGAGAGACUCGAGUAUCAACGACUCAAAGGAUGAGUUCUCUUUGAAAGUUCAGGAAGAAAACGAAGUUGCUGAAAAUCUUCAGUUUUCCGAGGAUGAGGACGCCAAAAUCAAAGAUAAUUUUCUAUCCUCCGCAUCACUGCCAGAUAUUUCGAAGUGUUCGAACGAGGAAUUCGGUGACUUCAAGUACGAUUCUACGCUGGAAACUUCGGUCAACGCACCUCAGCUGGAAUUUUCUGAUUACUCAACGGAAACAGAUCACAAGAAAAAAGAAACGUUCGUUCAAGACGAUGAUUUCGGCGAUUUCACCAAUUUUUCCGAGCAUACGCAAUUCGAUGAAACAAAUGUACCUGAUCAAAAGGAUGAGGAUGAUGAUUUUGGUGAUUUCAAUAAUUUUGAAACAGCAUUCGAGCAACCUGUUGUAGAACAGCCACAAAGUAGCCUAAAAGAGUCAAUUUAUCGAAUAGAAAAUAAAAGCGCUGCUAACAAGAUAGAGGACAUAAUAACUACCAUGUUUUCAAUGGACUGGGAGCAAUGUGAGAUUGAGAUACAGUCGUUGAUAAGUCAAGCGGACAAGGUCUGGAAGAGUAUUAAAAAUGUUGAGGAAACGAACGCCCUGACAUAUCAAUGGGCAAACAGUUCCAGCAAUAAUGUCCUACUAAAUUCUCUUGGUAUCGACUCUCGUAAUAUUUUAUUCGGACCGAGAUGGAAUCCGAAUGUUCCAAGAUUUGCUGCAAACCUUGGCUUUACUCCAUUAGAACCGAUCAAAGCUACAACUGAUUCUCAAACAGUUGCUACAUCAAAUAGCAAAUCUCAGUCUUCAGCUAAUUCAGAAGAAGUACCUGCUGCUCAAUUUGAUUGGAAUAGUUCUGGGCUUGUUAAUCCUUUAGAAGCUAGUGGUGGGUUAUCUGCUCUUCUACCUCUGGACUUUUUGUGUCCUUUCGAUCCUCUACUAACAUCCCACAACUCCACCAACUCUGAAUCCUAUCGCCGACCAAGUAGCGCAAGGAAUUCCAUUAAUUAUCAUAUCUCAGAAGUGAAUGCGAACCGGGAACGAUGCAAUUCGGUGUCGAAAGUAAAGACGAUAGAGUCUCUGGAGAACGACGUCGCAAAGUCACAAAACACUAAACGUUCACAGUCUUCGAAAAUAAUCGAACCUUUGCCUGCUCCACGCGCAACAGAAUGCAAGAGAAGAACUGAUGUCGACUCCGGAUACAAGCAGAAAAGCGCAAGUACUCAAAAAGGUAUUCCAACGGAGAAACAAUGUCCGUUAAUGGAAAAGCAGUUGCUAUCGAUUGAUAAACAGUGCAUGGUCGAAAGACAAUACGCGCCAGUUGCGAAACAGCUUUCACUAAGUGACAAACGAUAUUUGCCAACAGAGAAAUCAAUGACGGGAGACGUUUACCGCAGUAAGUCUGUAAAUAAAAGAUCUGGAUCCGAGCAUGUGGUGAUAGACAGAUUUGGCCGGGUAAUGCCGAUACAGUCGGAAACAGCGAGGGUGCUGAACCGUUUGCCGGAUCUCUCCUUCCUUAGCGCUAGAACGUUGAUGCUCGACCGGGAACACAAGCAGCUCGCCUGCGAAAUGGGUGUUAUAAGUCGUAAGAUGCCUGGCUGAGUAACGUCGGUCUGAGCGUGAGUUUGAAAGGUCAGAAUAUUCGAUGGAUCUCACUCUGUCCCGCGGACAAAUUGAUGAGACGUAGAAACGAAGGAGAGAAGACAUUCCGUUAACCUUUCAAACCCGUGCUUGGGCCGACCUUUGAUCCUAACUCAUAUUUCCUCCUGAAGAAAUAAGAAAAAAAGAAAAAAAAAAAAGAAAAAACACUGACUGAUAAAGUAUUCUGUACUCUUUAUUCAGAAAAAGAAAACAAGAUUCUGUGUGGGAUAUGCGAGAUGGUGGUGGAUGUCUACUUCCUGUUUAUAGGAAGGACAACAUUCCAUGAUACAGAUUUUCUAUCAUUUUUGCACGAUAAGACGGCGAUAUAGAACAUUAUUACUUUGUUCACGAAAUGGAGUCGUAAUAUUUUAUCAUUUAAAGUGUGAUCACUUCCAGAUCUUCAGAUACUUCCGAAACGAGAACAUCACUUGUAGUAUGUGAUACUUAGUUCCCCUGUAUUAUUUCGUUUAACAAAGUUUUCCCGCUUCUUUAUUUUCUACUCUCAGACGUGGACCAAUGUAUACUUUAAAAUAGUAUGUAUAGUUGAGUAUAGUAUGAUAUUUAUGAUAUUUUUAAUCACGUUUGUUCUAAGCAGUAGCCUAUGCUGACAUAUGGCGACUAUUUUGUUAAAAACGAAAUUAUGAAAGUUAUAAUGGAUUAAUCAGUAAUUAAGCCAUUUGCAUUCCUGUUUUCGUUUUUAACUUUGCUUCUUAAUUAAGUAACAGUUCGUUGAUAUAAUGUACGUUACUAAUUAUUUAUAUGUGAUUUGCAAGAUUUCAAGCAGAAUGUACUUAAUCUUUUAUACAUACUGACUCUGUUCCGUGAACAGGUGUAAAAGUAUGUAAGUGGUGCAGCCAGAUAUUAGAGGCAUACGAUGUUGUCACAAAUUAGUUUCAUGAUUAAUCAAGAAGGAAAUAUACUACUUUGAGAAAAAGUAUCUUUCAGUUGUGUUCAGUUAUGCCUCAUAGGAGUUACAUUUUAUGCGCGUAUUUUUAUUUUAUACAGCAUAUUAAAAAUAUAUGUAUUCUUUGUCUGUGUAAAAAGAGGAUAACGUGUAAUAGUAUAAUGAACGAGGAGUAACCGAACUGUUAACAACUUUUAUUUCAAUAAAUUUUGUGGCGGCGCCACAGUUGCAGGUAGUCAAUGAUAUCGAGUAUUUAAUGUUCGAGUUAAGAUUUAGCACUUGUACUACGUUCAGAGGGAAUUGUCAUGAAUAUAUUUGGCGUUCAAAAGUGACUUAACAAAUAAUAACAAUAAGAUAUCUUUUAGGUGAAUGUAAAAGUAUUUCCGAGAGAGUUGGUAGGAGAUGCUUGUGUCUUUGACAUUUGAUAACUAUCAUUUUCCAUAGACUGAAUUCUUAUUAUAAUGAUUUAAAGCCUAAUUAGAUAUUUUAUUGUUAGUAAGAAGAGGAUUUACUCUUGAGUGGAAGAUUUCAAAGCGAUUAUGGGAAACAACAUAGAUAUGUUACCUUUUUUGUUUGAAACCUUACCCUCAGAAACGUUAAACAAAUGAUAUAUUCUAAUUAUAUAAAUGUUAUUGAAAUGUUGUUAAUUUUGACCAAUUGUGUUUUAAUAUUGUGUUAUGAAUGAUGUAAUAAUCCUGUUAUAAAUAUUACUCUGUUCAUAUUAUCUAAUACAUUUAUUUUAUGUUAUAAAUGUGCACAUAGUAAUUCUUCUUUUUAAUAUUAAUUAAUGCAGAAUGGAAUAAUACUACAAUAUUUUAUUAUUUUUGAAUAACGGCUUUUACAAUCAUUUAGUAUUGCUCAAAAUCUUCUACACAAGAACAAUGUUCUCUUACGUACAGGAUGUAACAGAGAAAAAGCCUGUGUCAUUGGAUUGGUACUAGUCUUAACACUUACACACAGAAUAUGGAAAUAAUUUACUCUUAUUUCUACUGUGUCAAUAAAAACUAUUAUUUUUA